UCCUUAACAGGGAGACAGGAUAUUGGAUAUGUAUGCAGCUCCUGGAGGGAAAACAACUGCAAUUGCUAUCCUUAUGAAGGACAAAGGAGAGGUUGUUGCAGUUGAUAGAUCUCACAAUAAGGUUCUUGAUAUCCAGAAAUUGGCUGCUGAAAUGGGCUUGAAUUGUAUAACCACCUACAAAUUAGAUGCUCUUAAAGCUGUUCAUAGAAGAUAUGAAUCCAGUGACAUGCACACUUCAUCAUUUGUUGCCCAAGAACUGCCAAACAUUGAUUUCCCCAGAAAUGAAAACUGUAUGUUAAUUCUUUUUAUAUGGCCUAUAUUUUAUGAUUCAUGA